AACCAACAGUCGCUCGUGUGGUGACGUGUGGAGAUCGUGGUGGUGAUCUCAGGCCGGGUCGAUCAGAGGGGAAUUCUGCGGACGUUCGGACCGGUUGGGUACGAGUGGUAGAUUUAUAACCCGACCGAAGUAAAAAAAAAAGGCUACAAGUCCGAUUACCGAUAAGGAUCUAUAUUCUCAGCUGGGAUUGCCUAGCGAGCGGGCCGUCGGCGAGAGAGGGUGCUGGACACCGUGGAAUGGUCUUCCCCCUUCCGGUGACGAUCCCGUGGACUACCAGCGGAUAGCCUGCAGACACCGGGAGCCAUGAGGCCUCAUCCGUAAGAAGCGACACCAAGAGAUGGGUAUAGGAAAUGCAGAAGAGACAAAGGGACCCCGGUCCCUGUCUGGAGAUUUAAGCGAGACUGCCCCACGGAAGGGAUUCAUCUGCACGGGAGCUAGAGGCCACGCCACUCCGCCAUGAACCCGUGUCAACCGCUGCGCUACCAGAAAUCCCUCCUUAUAAAUAAUUCAUUACAGCCAUCGCAACAAGCUAGGAAUGAGAACUAUUCACCGAUGGCAUCGUGCCUUCAAAACCCCCGGCCAAGAUGACAUACUGGAAUUCCUUGUCCGGACAAAAAUAGAACCUCCCCAUGGGUUAGGAACCGGGGUAAAAAUAUAGCGCUAACCCUUCACUGUACAAUCAACACAUGUGCCCUUUCAAUCAAUUCUGGUCACGACAGAAAAGACCGCAAGAAGAAACUGCAGCGGUCAAUCUCCGCAGCUUCAAUAUUUGAAAAUAUCAAGCGAGUGAAAAUCCUUUUUUCCGCAAGGGCACAUCUCUAUGUUGUAAAACCCACGUUUUGAGUACCUUUAUAUGACUACUUAAUUUCCAAGCUCGUGAUUGGUCGAGGGUCGCGGGCAUAGCGUCAUGUCUAUUGUUGUGGUGCAGCCAGCCAAUGAGGGCGCGAGGAUCGAUUCGACGGACAGCCUCAUUCGUAUGCAGGAGCAAGAAGCUUCCGACGCUUGCGCGACUGCUUCGUAUAAAGACUCAAGAAUGGAGCGUGGGGUUACCGGCAACACCAAUACGUUCUACCACCAUGAAAUGGAGACACAGAACAAGUAUGGCGCCGCGCCGAGAGAACUAGGUCUGUCCAGUCUGAGUAGGGGCAAGGGGCGGCCGCAGACCAGCACCUCGGAAACACACGAAGGAGUAACCCGCGGAAGAGCAGGGGGGAGAAGAGGAGCCGGAGGAGGCGGGGCGAUCACUGAAGCUGCCGUUCCAGACGGCAUGGACGGGCAGGAGGAUAACCCAUUCGUGGAUAUAACGGCACUGAAUAAUACUAAAGUCAACGGCAGUGUACGAUCGCUGGGUUCCCCCUCACAGCUGAGGAAGCAACACUCGCAACAGGAAGCCCAGCCCAUGCACGUCAUGAACGCGCCCGAAGUGGUGGUCUCCAGGCCCGACUCCAAACGGAAAACCAAUGUUGGGUACAGGCUUGGACACAGGCGGGCACUGUUCGAAUACAGGAAGAGAUUAAGUGACUAUGCCUUGAUAUUUGGAAUGUUCGGCAUCAUAGUGAUGGUCAUAGAAACGGAGCUGUCAUGGUCGGUGUACUUAAAGACAUCGUUCUACUCUACGGCUUUGAAAUGCCUUAUAACGUUCUCCACGAUCAUUCUUCUGGGGUUGAUCCUGGCCUACCAUAUCAGGGAGAUCCAGCUUUUCAUGGUAGACAACGGCGCAGAUGACUGGAGGAUAGCCAUGACUUUUGAAAGAGUGUUCUUCAUUGCGCUGGAACUCGUAGUCUGUGCAAUACAUCCUAUUCCUGGUGUUUGGAUGUUCACAUGGACCGCUCGCAUGGCCUUCUCAGGCGCCGUAUCAACGAAAGAAGCCGACGUCGACAUCCUCCUCUCCAUACCCAUGUUCUUGAGACUCUACCUUAUCGCCAGAGUCAUGCUGUUGCACAGUAAACUCUUCACAGAUGCUUCGUCCAGAAGUAUCGGUGCCCUGAAUAGAAUAAACUUCAAUACGCGCUUUGUUCUAAAAACGCUGAUGACAAUAUGUCCAGGGACGGUCUUACUGGUUUUCACUGUCACGCUGUGGAUAAUAGCGGCAUGGACAACGACAGCCUGUGAAAGGUAUCAUGAUCAGAGUGAUUUGAAUAGUAACUUCUUGAACGCCAUGUGGCUGGUAGCGAUUACCUUCCUAACCGUGGGGUACGGGGACAUGGUACCCAACACCUACUGUGGGCGUGGCAUCGCUCUUAUUACAGGCAUUAUGGGAGCCGGUUGUACAGCUUUAGUGGUAGCUGUCAUAGCGCGGAAGCUGGAGCUCACCCGCGCCGAAAAACACGUUCACAAUUUCAUGAUGGACACACAGUUAACAAAAAGGAUAAAAAACGCGGCAGCGAACGUGCUUCGAGAAACGUGGCUUAUUUACAAGUACAGAAAACUGGAUAGAAAUCAUGCCAAAAUAAGAACACAUCAAAGAAAGUUCCUUCAAGCCAUCCACCAGCUCCGAAGAGUAAAAAUGGAGAAAAGAAAAUUGUCGGACCAAGCCAACACGCUCGUGGAUCUUGCAAAGAACCCGUUCGACUCAGAUGAAAAUCAAAUGACGGCCUUCAUUACCGUGCCUCAUAUAGAGUUCUUUCAGACGCAGUCGACAAUGUAUGACUUGGUAACAGAGCUGCACUCCAACAACCAGACCGUGGAAGAACGGGUGGAAAGGAUCGAGAAAAGACUGGAUGAUCUUCAAGCUGUCAUGAUGCAAUUGCCUGACCAGUUAGCCCGCAUGAUCGCAACCACGCACGCGCACUCUCCUCACCUCCCUGUUGUUUUUGUAGUUGUCGACGUAGGACUGACAUGGACUAUAAAGUAUUGGCGUAAUGUUUCUUUUCCUGUCGUAGUUGUAGUAGUAAAAAUUGAUGAUUUGCCAUGUAAUGUAGUGCAAGCAGGCCUGCGGUUGGACAGUCAUAGGCGACCUCUAGCGGGAACGAGACAUAUUGUCGCGCGAGAAUUCAGACAAUCAUAUGGACGAUAGCUAUUGUGUCACCAAACCUGUCUAUCACCAACCCUGACCAUGACCACAUACAAUUUUUUUCCGGCCACGAUUUGUUAUACUGAGAAAAUACUGUAUCAUAUCGCCAAUCAUGCCAAACACAAAAAAACUUUUUUUUUAUCACAGUGACAAAAUUCUUAGCAAGCAUUUUGUUGAAAGGACACAAGUAGGAUACAAUUGAAGUGAAAAAUAUUUUCAGAUCACGACAGCUUUUCCUUUUGAUCAGUGAUCGAAAGUGCACAUGGCAUUGACUAACAGUGGAACAAAGAAAGACAGCUUCGGCUUUUUCAGCCGCUCAAUUAUACGAAUUCGUACUUAGCUGAUUUCGAUGGGAAGGAAACACGAUUACAAAUUGUGAAGUUCA